CGCGCGCGGGCCCAUGGAGGCUCCCGCUCGCAGCUGCUCCCUGACCCGAGGCUAGCAGCCCCAAGGUGCCGCGUGCUCGUGCCGCGUGCACCGCUGCCUGGAUGCGUACCGGAAGUGGGAGCCGCGGUACGAGCCAGGGCCCGGACAGCGACAGGGUGAACACGGCCAAAGGGUGGAGUGGCGAAAAUGGAAGCAACAGAAGGGCGCCAUCUCCUGGACUGUUCCAAGUCCCUCUCCCCUCCACCAACGGAAUGUCCUGUGAUACAGAGAAAGAGGAGAAAAAGAAGUGGAAGGAUCUCAAAAUGAUGAAAAAGCUGGAGCGGCAGCGGGCACAGGAGGAACAGGCAAAGUGCCAGCAGGAGGAGGAGGCGGCUGUCCAGACGGAGGACCGCGGUCGGCUCUACACCCUGAGUGUGGCCCUACCGGGCUCCAUCCUGGACAACGCUCAGUCACCCGAGCUUCGCACCUACCUGGCUGGCCAAAUUGCCAGAGCCUGUGCCAUCUUCUGUGUGGAUGAGAUUGUGGUGUUCGAUGAAGAGGGCCAAGAGAGCAAGACUGUAGAGGGGGAAUUCAGGGGAGUCGGCAAGAAGGGGCAGGCAUGUGUGCAGCUGGCCAGGAUCCUGCAGUACCUGGAGUGUCCACAGUACCUAAGAAAGGCGUUCUUCCCCAAGCACCAGGAUCUACAGUUCGCUGGGCUUCUGAACCCCUUGGACAGCCCUCACCACAUGCGUCUGGGUGAGGAAUCCGAGUUCCGAGAGGGUAUCGUGGUGGACCGGCCCACCCGGCCAGGCCAUGGCUCCUUUGUCAACUGUGGCAUGAAAAAGGAGGUAAAGAUAGACAAGAACUUGGAGCCUGGACUGCGGGUGACUGUGCGGCUGAACAAGCAGCAGCUCCCAGAAAGCAAGACCUACCGUGGGAAAGUUGUGUCAUCGCAGGACCCUCGCACCAAAGCUGGCAUCUAUUGGGGCUACACAGUCCGACUGGCCUCCUGCCUCAGUGCUGUGUUUGCUGAGGCCCCCUUCCAGGACGGGUACGACCUGACCAUUGGGACAUCAGAGCAAGGCUCCAGUGUGGCCUUAGCCCAGCUUCCCAGCUUCAGACAUGCUCUUGUGGUGUUUGGAGGCCUCCAGGGGCUGGAAGCUGGAGUGGACGCUGACCCCAACCUGCAGGUGGCUGAACCCAGUGUCCUCUUUGACCUGUACGUCAACACCUGUCCCGGUCAGGGCAGCCGCACUAUCCGCACAGAGGAAGCCAUCCUUAUCUCGCUGGCUGCCCUGCAGCCCGGCCUCACCCAGGCAGGCACCCAGCCUAGCUGAAGACUCCUCUGGACCCAACACUGCGAAGCAGCAGCGAAGCUAGUGGUUCCUGAGGUUUGCUGGCCCAGACACAGCUAAACCCUGUCUCCAAAAAUAACCACCUUUAAUGCGACCCCAGCCCCACAGUCUGGCUGGGCUUCGGCCCUCACUUGCUGCCCGCAGUGAUGGCCUUAAGGCUGCCCGCCCGCGCCAGGAUAUUUGGCACAAAGAGCAGUCCUGAGGCCCGCUCAAUGCUCUCGAUGGGCACCAGGAAGCGCUCCAGCGGGAUGGCCUCGUCCACAGGUGUGUUGGGCAUCACAUAGGAGCGGAGUUCAGUUUGCCCACCUGUUGCCUCCAGGAUCAGCACCUUGAAGAAGUGGGUAGGCACUGCCACAUGGUUCCUGCCGAUUACCUGGUACUUCACGUAGGACUUCCCGUCAGCCUCCGUCCUGCAGACAGACCCGGGCAUACGUGGCGUUUCAGAGCUCCCACAGAGUCUGGUUGGACCCAAGGCUGUUGCCACCAGGAAGCCUUCUCUGACCUGACCCCAUAACUGUGUCAACCUGCUGUGCCCUUGGCCCCCCAGGAGGCCGGGACCUCCUGCUGGACAGGGACGCCCUCUGCCCCGGGUUUCCUCACACCCAACAAUCAUGGCAGCCCGGGUGGUGGCAAUAAAUGUUCCUGAAACAA